AUCAGCAGCUCUCUCAGCAGGGGCAUAGAAAUGAUUUCGCCAAUAGUGUAUUUUCCUUCAGUAUAGAUUAUACAAUAGUUUAGUUUUUAGAUAUGGAACGCGUUUCGUCAAGGCUCCAUCCCCUUCCCGACGUGCUCCUGCAUGCUUCGCGGUCAGAAAUGGCUUCACCACAGUCACCGCCUAUACCAGCCCCUGUCUAGAGUAUACCCCAGAGGAAGAACAACCCUACGGUUGCAGAAAGAGAGAUAGAGAAAGAGAAAGCAGCGGACAGUAAAUGACGCGGUGUUUACAUAAUUGUUAAAUUCAGCUUUUUGCUUUUCCAUCCAUUGGCAGAUUUGGGGACGUUUGCUACGCUGGGUGUAGCGGUGUAGAGGUCUAUUCCUCAGCAUCACCCCCAUACCUUUCCGAUGGGCCAGCGAGCUUGCGUCACCGUCACUAUAGACAACCGGGAGAACGCAGACGCGGACAACGAAAUGAGGACCGAUACAGAAUGAAGGGGAGAUGUACAGUAUCGUCUGACAGUAACCCAGAACUGUCAGAUCCAGAGGAUCUCUCUUGUGGCUGCUGCUGACAACAACUGCAGGUGAAGAAACCCGUGCUUUUUGCAAUGCUGCCUGAAGAAUCGGAGCGGGUUCCUCCAGCGCGAUUAAGUUCCUUUCGGACGGUUUGCAACUCCAGCGCGCGACUAUUGGAGGACGGCCCCACGUGACUUCACGGUUUACCCCUCUGGUAAUAUUAUUCAAUACAGUCUUAAAGCUUAUUCAAAGUCUUUUGCAUAAAGCUUUUACAUUUACGUUCCUUGUAAAGCUAUAUAUUUAACAUGCAAAAGUGCAUACCUUCCCAACAUUCAGGGCGUACCCAUAGUUCUAUUUAUCAGAGUGAAUUUGAUGAAGUGCACCCUGCUAGGUCUAUGGACCAGCACCAGUCCCUUCUCCCAUGUCAUCUACAGGACGAACACAACACUGCAACCGAACCUGCUGGAUACGGCACCGGACACAGUGAAGGAGGCCACGCGCCACAAUUCCGAGAGAUUCCACUCUUCCAGCGUUCAGUCACCUCUUCUGCUUGUGUCAGCUGUACGCCGUACCCGACUGACCCGUUAUGGGGCACCCUGGACCCGGUGGAUACCCGCCAUGCCAAGGGCAAAGCAGUCGUCAGAGGCAAGAGGUGCAGUGCAUCCACUUACUUCCUCUCACCGAGGCAUCUCUUCCCCUGGAUGAGAGAAACUCGGCAUGACCUAAACCAGAGUGCAUCUGACUCCAACGAAUUAGGUGAUUCAGUGUGCAGUCGUAACGAGGCUGGUGGUCUCCCAAGUAGAGGAAGAGAUGGAGGGCGAGACGGAGACAGAGGUAGAGACGGAGGGAGGCGAGCGAGGACGGCGUUCACCAGUACUCAGCUAGUGGAGCUGGAAAAGGAGUUUCACUUCAGCCCCUACCUAUGUCGACCACGCAGGCUGGAGAUGGCUGCGGGCCUGAGGCUCACUGACCGGCAGAUCAAGAUCUGGUUCCAGAACCGACGCAUGAAAUACAAGAAGGAUCAUAAGGAGGACAGAGGGACAGCGACUGAGACACCGUCGCCGUCCCUCUCUACCACCACACACAUGCCAUCCCUCAGCCCAAGGUCCUCUGUUGGAGUUGGGUACUCAGGAUUCAGAAGUGCUUGUCUGGUGAGAGGGAUUCGAUCUCCAAACCUUCUCCUCGUUAAUUAUGAUCGUACCCCUGCGUCGGGUUCUCACAGUAAGGCCAACACCAGUGACUGUUUAUGUGUUACUCCCAUGGACCUUCCCCAGCUCACCACCGGAACUGCGCCUGCCUCUGAUAGUCUGCAGUCAGCCCUUACGGUUGUAGACAGCGGAUGUUUGUGCACAGGUCUCUCCAAACUCGCCCCAGGGCACCUAUCAUCUUAUGUUGACAGUGACAUCAGUGCAUAUUUCAGAUGUAGAGGAUGCCUCUUCGACCUAGAACCCCCUACACUUACUCACCUGUAAGAGCAGGCCUAUGCCACAAACCUAAACACCUAGACCUUCAGUAAUAUGUGUGUGUAUAGGUGGUCAAUUCAAUCAAACCAGCAUUGUGGAGGCUAGCUUUCUUUCAAUUUUCUGAUAGUGGCUCACUGAAGAAUGCAGAUUUAUUACCUAUAGGGUUUCCAGUAUCCUUAUAGGUUUAUAGUCCAAAAGCGACCACUACUGCCCCCUCUGUUGCUGUUACACCUUGUGGCAAAAUGUUAUCUUUUUAUCAAAAUUGACAUGAUUUACAUUAGCAAAGAAAAUCCUCAAAGACAUUCUGCUACUGUUUUGCAUGUCAAAUGCAUGUUUUGAACACAUUAUCAAUCAAUUUUGUAUUUCCAUGUGUCAUGUAAUUGGCUUGUGCUUGUCGUCUAUUUAAAUCAGAGAGAAAGGAAUUUUACUUUGCGGUAUAGGUAUCACGUGUUAUGUUAUGAUCACGUAAGGAUCCUGAUGAAGACAGUUUGUCUGUCGAAACGUCGGUUAUUCAAUUAUUGCAUCUGAGCUCCUAGAGUGUGAGGCUCUCCUUUUCUUUUUCAAGUGUUCUACUCCGCUAGCCAGCACCUCGCCUAAACAGGUGUGCGUUUCUUUCGCCUCCAGAAUGAUCCUGUAAGUAGCGUAACGUACUAGCGAUCAGUUUUGUUUUUUCAAGAGCUCCUAAUGUGUCAAAUAAUUGUGGCGGCCAUAUCUGUAAAUCAGAGAGAAAGGAAUUUGACUUCUGCUGUAGGUGUCAUGUGUUAGGCCAUGUUUUGUGUUCUUAUCAUUAAAUAGCUGUUCGUUUGUGUAAGUUGUGUAAGUGUGAAAAUACAGAAGCAUAUGUUCAUAUUGAAUGAAGUUCUAUUUUUGUUAUAUAUGUGUUUGUGUUGAAGCUAGAAUCCUUCGUUAAAACAAUAUCAACAUGUCUCCCUGUCCCUGUUUCGCUAAAAAGCUAAGGGAUGAGGCUGGAGAAAUGUAACCCCUCUCAAAUUCACAGACAGCGCUAUGGAUGCAAGGACGGACCAUCCGUGAUUUCAAAUGUAUAGUUUUAACCAUGUUUUGAGGCUAUACAGUGUUUGUUUACAUUUACAUUGUUGACAAACAUUGGCGUAAAACAAGCUUAUAUUUUGUGUUCUGAUGGGGUACGACUGUUGAACUAAGCUCAUGAGGCAUUUAUAAGUUAUAUUCUUCAAGAAUCAAUGGGUAUAUGUCAUUAAUCUAUAAAUUAAAACUGGAUGCAGAAACUAAGGAUCAUAGCUUUUUUUUAAACGUAUUUGAUACUUUUCUUGAUUAAUGAGAUGUUUAAUAAAUGCAUUUGUGGAAAAUCAA